GUGUGAAACUGCCAAGAUGUUGUAUAUUUAUUUUUGUUUGCUUUCGAUUCCGGUCGUAAUAGAAGCAGUGAAUAUAUCUUAUCAUCAUGGGUUCGUUAGUAGUCCAAAAAGUCGUGCAUUGUUGUGUCAAGAACAUAUUAACAAAAAUUGUGGGGACGUUCAAUACGAACCCCAAAGCGUCGAAGGUCCAAAAGGAUUCCCACUAUAUGGACCGAUGGAUGGAAAAAUUGCAAGCGCUGGUGUUAGAAGAUUCCGGCAACUAGACGAAUACGAUACUGAAAACAAUAGCUCCCGUUGGAACAUCCAACAUAUAAAGUUUAUAUCAACCAAUGAAACUCACGUACAACAAACAUUUACAUGGGAAUUCACAGCGCGGCAUUCAACGACAGUUUUCAAAUUUUAUUUAAGCAAUCAAAACUACACAACAGCAGACCUUUUAACAAGGAGCGUACUAAAUACGAAUCCAUUUUGCGAAAAGGACCUAAUGGGCUCCAAACCGAAUCGAACAAUUAGCAUUCCAUGUUUUAUUCGCAUUGAUGAUUUGAUUCCAUUUACGAAAACCGCUGGUGUUAUCUUAUCCACUUGGGAUAUCGCAGAUACAACCAAUGCAUUUUAUCAAGUGAUCGAUUUUAUAGCAACAAUCGCUUAAACAUUGUUUAAUAUUGUGAGCAAUCGAAUAAAUCAGAGUGUAUUUCACGAA